GGCAGUAAAAUAGGAAAGAUAGGAGAUACACUUUGACUUUGUCCAGUUUCUUCCAUCAGUGAACAUUUAAAAACCAAGAUCGCUCAGUCAUUUCCCCCAUCAUGUGUCAGCGUCAUGUCUGCAGUGGCUGCUUCCUCUGCUGUGAUUCCGCACGUAAUAAGUAGUUAAGCGAUGAGUCAGAAACAAAACUGGUAAAACCAGGAUUGUUAUUGGCUCUGCCAAGAAGUGCAUCACCAUUUCCGUCAAAAGAGGGCUGGGAAAAACAAAGACAGCAACAACAAGUUCCACAAACCAGGUAAUGGCGGCUGUAAGUGGCCGUGAACGGGUUACAAGCAUGACUAAGAUUUCCCGUUUAUUUAACCUGCUGACCGCACUUGUUCUGGGAACCAUCCUGUCAACAACGUGGUACAUGCAAGACACCAGGAUACAACCUUUCAAACCACCAAAGAUGAAACGACAGCCCCUGAAGCCUUCCCAGUAUUGCAGAGGCUGCAGGAAACUCAUCAAUGACACUCUGGAAAUUUAUUCUCGACCAUGGAAGAAGCAACCAGAGCGCGUGGCCGAAUUCAGGUCUCUGCUGCGCGAACAGUGCAAUGGCUCAGAAGAUGCCAUCGUCACCAAAGCCAACUCUCCUGAGAACACGCGCUUGACCUUGAAACGCGUGGUGUCGCGCUCCUUCUUCAACAUCCUCCCAUGGACAAAUCCAUUUUCCAAAAAAACGUGGGACACGUGUUCUGUUGUGGGAAAUGGAGGAAUCCUCUUUGACAGUCACUGUGGGAAGGAGAUCGAUUCAGCUGACUUUGUCAUCAGGUGUAACUUGCCUCCCUUGAAUGGCAACUUCAAGACACACGUGGGCAACAAGUCCAGCCUUGUCACUGCAAACCCAAGCAUUUUCAAAGAACUAAAUAAACUCGGAAACUACUUACAGAGACUGGCAGAGAGGAUAAAGACCUACGGAGACGCCAUGAUUGCGUUUCCCGAUGAAAAUUCUUUGGUCUUUAAUAGCAUUGGCAUCCUGCGAGCAUUAAACAGCCCGUCUCGCCCCGUCUUUCUGAACCCAAAAUACCUGACUAAGCUGACCAGGUUUUGGCGCUCCAGAGGUGUGAAGGCUGCUCGGCUCAGCAGUGGUUUUUUCAUGAUCAGCAUGGCGCUGGAGCUCUGCAGGAACGUCCACGUGUAUGGAUUCUGGCCCCUCAAUGUCGACCCCUUCGGACUCUACUACCUGCCGCAUCACUACUACGACAACAGAAUGCCGAAAAGAUUCCAUAAAAUGUCUGCAGAGUUCCAGAGCCUGUUGCAGCUCCACGUUCAGGGUGUGAUCAGGCUUCACCUGGGGUCUUGUGAAAAGCCUUCAUCCUGACGCUGACGCCAUGAUGCUCCCAGGAGUGAGAAACAUCUCAUUCAAGAAGACAAUGACAUGAGUGACUGCUUGGCAGGACACAAAAAGACAAUGAAAAGAGACCUCAGUGCACUACGGUGUGAUGCUAAACACAAUGAAGUAUUAAAGUUCCUCACAGCAUGAACACCUCUAGUGGGUUAAUUCUGUGUUGCACCCUUUUGUUUCUGUUGAAAUUUUCAAUA